AUGGCUUCUAUGCCAGUUUCAAGCACACAAGCAAAAACUAUGACUCUGGGUGAGUUACGAGUUUUCGAACUCAAACAAGAACUAGAAAAACGUGGCUUAGACAAAAGUGGAAUUAAGCUCGCUUUGGUAGAGCGUUUGGAAGAGGCUCUUCGAGAAGAAGGUUAUGAUCCUAAAACUUACAAGUUCUCGGUCAAUGAUUGUAGCAGAUCUCCUGCAAAUCCUUUAAAAAAUUCCAACGAGGUAGUGAAAGAAGCUAAUGAACAUGGAACAGGCCUUGAGAAUGGUCUUGAAGAUGGAAAUAGAGAAGCUAAAGAGGAAAAUAUAGGUGAAGAAGAUUCAGAUAUCACAAUUAUUGAACCUGCACAGAAAGUUGAGGCGACGAAAAAAAUAGGUUAUUUGGCCAUGACAAAGAUGGAAGAGACAGAAAUCGAGGAAACGAAAGUGAAACACAAGAUAAUUGAGGAAGAUGACAGUAAAGUUGGAUCCAUCAAAGAAUCAAUGGAUAUAAACAAAGUUCUCAUUGAAGAGACCAUUAUUUCAAAGCAAACAAUAGAAGCUGAUGAGUUGAAGGAGGAGGAAACAUUGAAGGAAUUGGGAGAAGAAAUUAAUUAUGAAGAUGAAGAAAUGUCUGAUGUUACUCGGAUUAAUGAAGAGGAAUUCAAGGCUACGGAGUCGAAAAGAAGUGCGAGUGAGUUGACAGAGGAGAAGGACGAAAAGAUAUGUGAUGAGACAAUGGAAGAAAAAAUCAAAACCCCUAAAGGGAGUAAUAAUUCAUUUACUUCGACUGUUGAGACUGUAGCAUCAACACCAGCAGAUCGUGUCGGAGGUACUGUACAUACGGUGACAUCUGUGCUGAAGAAAUCCGACAAUUCUUUAUGGAUCAAAGGGAUCAGUCCAAAUACAAAGGCUGCUGAUUUAAAGGCAAUGUUUGCAAAAUAUGGUCGUGUACUGACUGCAAAAAUUUUCACAAGACGGCAGCAGCCAUCAAGUGCAUGUUUUGGCUUUGUUACUAUGGUGGAUGCUACUGUGGCUGACCUUUGCAUUCAGAAACUUCACAAAACAACUGUUAAGGGACGACCUAUUACUGUGGAAAGAGCAGAUCGUUGCAACAUGCCUACUGUUAAAUCGAUACCCAAGAAACCAACAUCUAAUACUACGAGUGAUGCGAAAACUGGAAAGCCCAAUAAUGUUGCUGAUAGUUGUUCGAAAAGCAGUGACGAAAAAUGUUCUGUCGCUAAAACAUCUGAUAAAUCAAAGAGAGAUGGAACCAGUGGAGCUAACCUCGAUAAGCCAAAGAGUGGCGUGUCGGGUGGUGAUAAAGCAGAAAGUGUGGUAAGAAACGAGAAACAGAAAUCAACAAAGGUGGUUUCAGAAACAAAAAAGUCGCCUGUUAAAGCGCCAUCUACGAGCACAACACACACAAAAUUUUCAUCUGUCAGUAACAGCAACAAACGUUCAGCAAUUGCACGGUUGCCAUCACGGUUUCGAGUCAGUAGAAGAAUUGAAAGUAUAGAUCGUGUAUCGUCCUCUUUACGACGUUCGUAUGCUAUUCGUAAACCUAGUUACUCAUCAGCUGCAUCUAGGAGAACUCUAGGCGGCCGGUCAUUCCCAAGUCGUAUAAGUCGUGGUAGCAUGUUACGUGGAAUGGUCCGUCGUGAAGUUUCUUCCCGUCGUGUUGAACCUCCUAAUUCGUGGGAGAAGCGUGAAAUGAUGGAGAUGCUACGUAAGAAAGAAGAAGAGCAUCGACUUAAAGAGCAAGAAUUAAGGCUGCAGCGUGAGCGUGAGCGUUUGAAAUUUGAAAGAGAGCGGUUUGAACGGGAGCGUCUUGAACUUCAACAGUUGCGCCAAAUUGCUGCUCUGACGACACCAGUACAGAUGAUGCCAUCUCCUGGGGCACCUCCAGCGCGUCGGUCGCAUGAUUAUGGUGAUGUGGAGUCAUCCAGGUACAAAUCAGAAAAGGAUUUGAAGAGGACUGAAUAUGGAAGACGAUCUGGUGAACGGUCUUCAACACAUCACACAGUUACAUCUGCAUCUCGAAGUUCUUUGUCAGAUCGACGAGAACCACACAGUUCGUCCAGGCAUAUAAAUAGUACACAUUCCUCAUCGCGUGUCAGUUCUGGGCGAAGUCGUGAACGUAGUCGAGAUCGAAGUCGGCAUAGUGCUAGAGAAUAUGGCUCAUCAAAUGUCAAUCGUGAAAAUGUUACCAAUUAUAGUCGUGAUAGUCAUUCAUAUUCUCUACGUGAUCCUUAUCGAUCUGACUCUACGACUUAUAACAACCAUCGAUCUAGUGAUGCUGGUUAUGCAAAUCGGGAAUUAACAUCAUAUAGUUCAUCAAAUGGAUACUCUCGUGAUUUAGGAUCAUCUUAUAGCAAGGAUUCUGGUUAUGGUACCAGUUCGCGCUCUGUUGGGAAUGCAUCUUGGCCAGUAGGGGGAUCAUCGUCGACAUACGUGGGACCACGUGAUUACGAUAGUGGUGCAUGGUUACCAAGCGUGUCCAGUUCGCAAAACCAUGGGUUAGGGAGCAAUAACUGGCCAUCAAGAGAUGACCAUUGGUCAAGCAGUAGUCUGCCCGACACUCAUGGGCAUAUUUCGUCAUAUGACAAAUACGUUAAAUAUGAUUAUGACAAAUACAGUCGUCGUUACUGA